CGCAUAACAAAUAUGUUUGGAGAUGGUUAAAUCAAACACCGCUGCUUAAUUGAAUGGAUCGCGGGCAUGGAAUGGACGGCGUUCGUGCUCUUAGGAAUCAUAAGUGGAGUAUCCUUGGCUGAUGUUUUUUCGAAUCCAUUCUCUCUUUAGUGUUCCUGCUGGCUUGUUUAGGAGAUUUUGUACAGUUGGAACGACUAUGAAGUACUUGAGCCAAGAAGAGGCUCAAAAUAUAGAUUUAGAAUUAUUUAAUGAGUAUUCGUUUAGUGUAGAUCAGCUGAUGGAGCUCGCUGGACUGAGUGUGGCUGUAGCACUGACCAAGGCUUACCCCAGAGGACAAGAUCAUCCAAACGUUCUUGUAUGUAGUGGUCCUGGAAAUAAUGGAGGAGACGGAUUGGUAGCAGCCAGGCAUCUCAAAUUGUUUGUAAGUUAAGUCUGAAAUAAGAUAUGUUUCUCGCCCAUGAGUCUAUUGGCUCUAGUUUGACUAAAUUCCAUCUCAAAUUCAGCUCGCAUGGUAAGUUAUUUGAUUCUAUAUACCGUGAUUACAUGCCUGUCCUUGAGUAAUUCGGCCAAAUUUCAGCUCAUUCAGGUUUCGUGUCCAUGUUCAUCUCUAAAUGAACAAAAUGUCACUUAUCAUGCAGCCUUCGUUCUUUUUUUGUUUAGUUGUCUAAUGGUGUUGUUGAGAAAGUUUAUCUGAUAGCCAUAGAAUUACAAUGUUUUUUAAAUUUCUUAAAUUAUUUUGGUGCUUUAGGUCCUUUAGUUAAGUAUUGAUUCAAUUAUCAACUUAAAGUUGGCCAAAGAAGAAACAAAUUGCCACUAAAUUUCCUUUACCUUUAGCUCCGGCCCUUUCACCUUCAAUAUCAAAAAGUUAAUUCUCUGCAUUAAAGGGGGUAACUUUCGAAAGAAACUGUGGUGCUGCGUUGGUGGAAGAGCACAGCAGGGGGAUUUAGUAUUAUCAACUGAGUUGAUAGCAUAAAUUGGCCACUGUAAAGAGUUACAAAGCUGACAUUUCGAGCAUCAGCCCUUUGUCAGAGCAAAUGAUGAAGGGCUAAUGCUUAAAAUGUCAGCUGUGUAACUCUCAACAGUGGCCAAGUUAAUUUAUCAACUCAGUUGAUAAUAUUAAAUCACUCAAUUGUGUACAUUGUCUGUUUUGCAUUUCUGGCAAUGUUCUUCCUUAGAAUUUAAAGUUAAAUCAAGCAAUAGACAUUUUGAGUUUUUUUUUCUCCUCACCAAACUUUCUGUUUAAAAAUGUAUUUAUGAUGUAAAUUCCUCUUUGGUUGCUCAUGGGACGUCAAAAGAUUAUUUUGCAAAUAAGUUGUGAGAACAGACAGGCAUAGAAUGUUUUCUUCUGCAGAAAUUACCAUUUCUCUGUUUAACUCCCCAAUAUCCCAAGUAUUAAGCAUAAAUCUCCUAAAAAAUGAUACCAGCCACACUGGUUACUCCAAACACAGGCAGUGUGGCAUGUAGUUUAUUACAACAUGUUAUAUUAGACAGAGUCCUCCUUUUUGUUUUGGUAACCAGAAUUUAAUCUCUGGGAACUGGUUAUGAUUGUAAAGGUUGUCAUAAGGUGACAUAAAAAUAAUAUGAGCCUGAACCCCCAAACUGGUUCUGUUUUACAAACCCUUUAACCCCUGAAGAGUGAUUAGCAUCUAACUUCUCCUUACAAUAUCACCCCCUGAAUCAUACAUUAAGGUCACAAGAAUAAAGGAAAUGAUCACCAUCUAAAAAGGAUUUUGAUUGCUAAAGAAAUUCUCCUUGUCAGUACCUUUGGAAACGUAUGGAGAAUAUGCAUAAUGAUGUUAGGGUGUAAAGGGUUAACUCCCAAGAUGUAAUUGUUAAUUCUCCCUUAUGGCUGCUACACAUUUCUAAGUAAAUUACUUAUGGGAAUUUGGUAUUAGUUUAAGAUAAUGCUCCUACCUAGAAAUCCUGAAAAUCUUGUUUAUGUCCUUAGGGAAUGCUUAAAAACCAAAACUUUGAGGGAAAAAUAAUUGUAAGGUUAAAAUGCCACCAGCUCAUCCCUGAAAACAGUCUUUUGGAGAAUAGGGUUGCUUUACUGAGGGUUAAUAACUGAUCCUUCUGAGACCAAAUGCAAACUUGAUUUUUGCUUUCUUAUUGCUAGAUAUAGCUGAUUGUUGAUUCUCCCCUCUAGCUGUUACACAUUUUCUUGUAAAUAAGAUACUACAACUCCUACCUGUUAAUUUGAGUAUUUCCACUACCUGUAUGCUGGAUAAUGUAUGGAUACUAUAGGAAGAAGUUACAUGUUAAUCUAUACUUUUUGACAUUGUUUUCUACUUUCAUUAAUUUCUUUAGGGAUACAAUCCAAAGAUAUAUUACCCAAAGAAGUCAGAUAAACAGCUUUUUAAGAAUCUAAUUACACAGUGUGCAAGGAUGGACAUCCCAUUCAUGGAUGAUAUACCAAAACCUUCACAGAUUGAUUCUGACUACAAGUUUAUUGUGGAUGCCAUAUUUGGUUUUAGUUUUAAGGGAAAUGCAAGACCACCAUUUGCAGAUGUAUUAUCGGCCUUAAAAGAAGUUACAAUUCCUGUUUGCUCAGUUGAUAUUCCUUCAGGUGAGAUUAAACAAAUUUCUUUUCUUUCUGACGUGAACCCAUUUUUUUCAGAGCUUACUGUAUAUGAACACAGAUCACAGUAUAUAGGGACUUUAAAAUGUACCAUAUACAACAUGUACAAUUUGUGUUUUUUGAUGAAGCUUUGUAUUUAUGGUGUAUUAAUUCAUUUUAUUAUUAUUAUUAUUAUUAUUCUCUUCAAGCACAGUCUUUGCUGGUUUUCUUUUUGUGCAUCAGCUGGGCGCAAACCAUGCACCUAGGGUAUCAGUUACUCAAGUCAGUCAUUCUGUUCAUACAUUAAGCACCUUCCUGAGGAUUUGCACAAUUCCUAGAAUGCAGAUCUUUUGAAUCUCUGUCACAGUAACUGCUUCUGAUACUUUCUUUAUGUUUUCCACCAUCCCCUUCUUUACUGUACCAAGCACACCAACAACCACAGGAAUCACUAGGUUUUCAUAUGCUACAUUCUCUGUAUUUCUAGUUCUAGGUCUUUGUACUUGCUUUCUUUGCCAUUUCCUUCAGAGCAAUGUUUCUAUCUGAUGGAACAGUCAUAUCAAUCAGUUUGCGGGUGGAAUUCACUGAAUUCAGGUGGAAUUCACUGAAUCUUUGAUUAGGAUGUCUGGUCUGUUUGCUGUUAUAGUUCUGUCAGUAUUGACUGGCACAUCCCUGAUGUUGUUGUCUUUAUUGUGCAUCACAGUCUCUGGCUCAUGUUGGUACCAUUUAUCUGUAAUCUCAAUGUCAUGAUCUUUACAGAUGCUUCAAUGCAGCAUUAUUGUGCCUGAAGAUGUACUCUGUUUUAACUAAUACCUAACAUCCAGAUAUAAUAUGGUCCUCUUUCUUCUUAUAUUGCAAACACAAUCUGUAUAAAUAUGCUCUCCACUUGCUGGCCACAUAUUACCUCCUGAUAGUUUCUGGUGUUUAUGGCCUGUUCUUGAGCUGGGACAAGUACCAUAAAGACCCACAGAUAAGCCACACCUUUUUUCCAAAAAUCAUCACUAGAAACUGGGAGUGCAGCUUAUCUCAGUCCCUCUUUGCACUUUUCUUCUUCCAUGGAUUUCAUCUGAAACUUGAAUAUGUGUUUCAGGGCCUUAGCAUUUUGUGAGGCUGAUUUAAUCAUCUCUCUGUUCUCAAACUCCGCUGGCAUUGUUAUAAUUCCCUUUUGAACUUAGUAGCCUUCUUGGUUAUUGAAUUUUUGGCUUUAGAUCUUUCAUCUUCAAGCAUCUGCUUUGGAUAUUGCCCUUGGAUUGAGCCCUAUUACUGUUUUGAAUGCUGUUUCUACAUCAAUCAGACCCCUUCCAUCUUUUCUAGGAUUGUUAACAGCCUUUCCACAUCUGCUUUAGGAUGUAACAUCUUGUGCAUGUUCAGUAGUUUGCAUGUUUUUAGUCAAUCUUCUUCAGUUCAAAGAUUUUCCAGUCAAUAAUGCCAAAACUAUAAUGCACAUCUGGGACUGCAAGACUAUUGAUAGUUUAUUAUUAUUUAUUAUUAUUUUUGUUAUUAUUCAUUGUUUAUUUUUUAAAUUUUUUCUUUUUGUUUGAUGUGUAGAAAAAAUACAAUUUUUUGAAAGUGUUAAGAUAAUUCUUGUACAAGUGGGAAAAUAAAUAUAAGAUUUAAAAUGACUCUUAUUUAUCCAAGAGUAGUAUAGAUAUGUUUUAAUUACCUUAUCAUUCCUCUAUUACUUCUGUGUGGUCCUUGAUUGUUUGAAUGUUGGUUCCAUAUGAUAAGUUAUCUUUGUCAAAACACCUGAAAAGGAUAUCUGUCAAAGAGAGCCCUUGUAUUUACUGAGGUCUUUGGGAUCUUUGUUGUAAGGGAAAUACUUCCAAACAUAUGACUGAAAAUACCACCAGAAUGUCAAAUGAGAGUUGCCAAAAACAAAGUAAAGGGAGCAUUAAUUUAAGUAUUCUUGCACAGUUUUGUCUAUUAUAUUGUUUAGGUUCAUAUUUAUCUAUUUGUAUCCCAUUAAUUUCUCAUCAAGGAUGGCAUGUAGAAAAUGGAAAUCCAGAUGGGAUAAAACCAGACUUCCUCGUAUCUCUGACAGCGCCUAAGCUUUGUGCAAAGCACUUUGAAGGAAGAUUUCACUUUCUUGGAGGGAGAUUUGUUCCUGAUUCACUAGCACAAAAGUACAAUUUGUCUCUCCCAGAUUAUCCUGGAACAGAACCAUGCACGCUGCUGUAGACAAAAUGUCAACACAUUAAAUGGCUCAGUGACAUUGUUGAGGUGUCAUUUGUAGAAUUCAGAUAAAAAACAGAAGCAGUGGGAAGAUUGUGACCAUCGAGGAAAGUGGAUUUGGUUGUCACAGUGCUUUCUUUCAGUUUCCUCUAGGGUUUUCCCAUUAUGGAUUUCCUCUGGUAAGGGGACUUAUUGCCUUCAAAAGGAGCAGUAGGAACUGUGCAGAGCCACAAACGUACCUGAAAAACUGAAUAUUUAAUACACACAGUGCCAGUAUCUAAAGGAUGUGAAUAUCACUCAUAUAAACUUGUAGCUUUCUCUUCUUCAGGAAUGAAAGAUAUUUGUGAUUUGCAGCUGCAAAAUAAAAUCCUUUCAUCUUAAUUUUACUUUCUGUAAAGCAGAUGUAACCCAUCUUGUUUGAACAGCAGUAAUAAACUGCAAACAUCCACUGAGUUGUUUCUUUGUUGCCAUCAGUAGUUUGUACCAGCCAAUUCAUUUCCUUUUCACAUGUCACACACUUGCACUUCAAAAGUGUGCCUUAGGGUUAGGGUUAGACACUACCUUUUGACAGUGGUUGACAGCUUAAAGAUCCACCAUACCUUCCCUAUUAUUAGUUGCUUAAUUACCUGCUGACUUGCACUCCCUAUACAUGUGUGUCAU